UGUGAUGGCUCCUCUCCGGUGGGCGGGGUCUCUCGCUCUCCGGUGAUGGCGCUCUGGCUCGCUCUCCUGCUCCUCCCGCCGCUCUUCCUCCUGUUGUGGCCCCGGGGGGCCCGGCGGCUCCGGCUGCUCCUGGAGGAUCUCCGCUUUACAGUGCGGGCGGCUCGGGUGAAGCGCCUGGUGCAGGGCUGGAUCCAGCAGGGGGCGCUCUCCCUCCCGGGACUCUUCCAGCUGCAGCUCAGAGCCCGGGCAGACGCCGUAUUCCUCCGGUACCGGGAUGAGAGCGUCACCUACCGGCAGGUGGAGGCCUCCAGUAACCGCGCCGCCCGGGCCCUGAGCUCCGCCGCCCGCCUCCCCCCGGGGGCCACCGUGGCCCUUCUCCUCGGGAACGAGCCGCGCUUCUUGGCCGCCUGGUUCUCCCUGGAUAAGCUGGGGCUGGUGGCCGCAUUCCUCAACACGAAUGUCCGCAAGGGGGCGCUGAGACACUGCCUGGAGGCGUGCGGGGCCCGGGGCCUGAUCACCAGCCCAGAGCUCUUUGAUGCUGUCCUGGAGAUUCUGCCGGAGCUGCAGGAAAUGGAUAUCGCGGUUUGGGUGAUGGGGUCCGGACAGUUCCCCCCCGGGGUCAUCAACCUGGCCGCCCUGAUGGAGGAGGAGUCUGAGAGCCCCCCGCCGAGCCUGGUGGGGACCCCCAAGAACCCCAUGGACACAGCCAUCUGCAUCUUCACAUCAGGCACCACAGGAUUACCGAAGGCGGCGCGGAUCAGUCACCUGAAGACGUUACUGUGCAGCGCCUUCUACCACCUGUGCGGGGCCAGCGCCAAUGACGUCAUCUACAUGUCCCUGCCGCUAUACCACAAGUCUGGAGCCCUACUGGGGAUCGGCGGCUGCAUCGGGGUCGGGGCCUCUAUAGUCCUCAAGGAGCGCUUCUCUGCCUCCCAGUUCUGGAGCGACUGUCGUAAGCACAACGUGACGGUAUUCCAGUACAUCGGGGAGCUGUGCCGAUACCUCACCAACCAGCCGCAGAGCGAGGAUGAGACCCGGCAUAAGGUGAGGCUGGCGGCUGGCAGCGGUCUACGCCCCGACGUCUGGAAGGAUUUCACCCGCCGCUUCGGAAAUAUUCAAAUCUACGAGACGUACGGGAUGACGGAAUUCAACAUCAGCUUCUUCAACUACACCGGGACCCCCGGGGCGGUCGGGAGGGGAACCUUCCUGUACAAGCGUUUCUGCUCCUUUGAGCUCGUCCGCUAUGACACCCAGCAGGGGGAGCCGGUGAGGGACGGCGCAGGGCGGUGUGAGCUGACCAGUGCAGGGGAGACGGGGCUCCUCAUCUCGCCGGUGACCCCCAUGUCUCCGUUUUUGGGGUACGUGGGCAGCCGGGAGCUGUCGGAGAAGAAGCUGCUGAGGGACGUCUUCCGGGCCGGGGACUGUUACUUCAAUACCGGGGACCUGAUGAUGCAGGACGACCUGGGCUUCGUCUACUUCCGGGACCGGACGGGCGACACUUUUAGGUGGAAGGGGGAGAAUGUCGCCACCACCGAGGUGUCAGAGGUCAUGAGUGGACUGUGGUGCUUCCAGGAGGUCAAUGUCUACGGGGUGUCAGUGCCAGGACAUGAGGGGCGCACCGGUAUGGCGGCCAUCACCCUGCGCCCAGGACACCAGCUGGAUCUGGAUGAGGUUUUCCGUCACGUGGUGGAGUUCCUGCCAUCAUACGCUCGGCCGCGAUUCCUGAGGGUAAUGGAUGAGAUUGAAGCCACUGGGACCUUCAAGCAGCAGAAGCAGCGCCUGGUCCAAGAUGGCUUCUCCCCGUCACACAUCAAGGACCCGCUGUACCUCCUGGAUGAAGCCGCCCGCACCUACCGGCCCCUCACUGACGACCUCUACUCGCGCAUCGUGUCCUCUGACCUCAGACUGUAACCUUUGACCUCGGUCAUGUUAGAUCCGUCCGCCUCGAGGAGCAAUGGCCACUGCCGGACCUGAUGCCGCCAUGUUCAUGUAUUACAUAGGAAGUAGCGCUAGAGAACUGACCUGAGGAGCACGCGCACACUGUAGGAGCGUGCAUAUACUUCUCAUUCUACAGAGGGAGGGGACAUCAUUGCUGGACUCCCAUGAUGCUGUGGGGCCCUCUGGGUGUAGUUCAGUGUUUCCCAACCAGGGUACUGAAAGCUGUUGCAAAACUACAACUCCCAGCCUGCCCGGAUAGCCUUUGGCUGUUUGGGAAUGCUGGGAAUUGUAGUUUUGCAACAGCUGGAGGCACCCUGGUUGGGAAACACUGGUGUAGUUACUGACUGUCCUGCAGGGGGCGGACUGAACGAGGGGGAAUUGGUGCUGUCCACCAGAGUCUCCAGCCGGUGCAGAACUACAACUUGGCUCUCGGGCAUGCUGGGAGUUGUAGUUUGGUAUCAGCUGGAGCAUACCAUCAGAAUAAGGGGGGGGGGUCUCAUGAUGGAUGAUAAUAUUGUGGGUUUUGAUAGGAGGGCUGGAGCAUACCAUCAGAAUAGGGGGAGGUUGCUAAUAAAGAUUUGGGAAAUGUCUUAAUUACUAAUAACAACCAAUCAGAGCGCAGCCUGCAGCAGAAUACAAACUGAAAGCUAUUCUGUGAUUGGUUGCCAUGGGCAACAGACAGUUUAAUGAGUCUGAGGCCUGGUACUCUAGUGACAUCUAGUGGUGGAGUGUGGUGACUGCACCCUACAGUGCAGGAUUCCUGUGCGCACAAUGCGGUUUCCAGGGUAACACUUUAGCUUUUUUUUUAUACUCCUAAUUUUUAUGAUGUUUUUACUGCAAGGAAUUUCUAAUAAAGUUUUCCAAUAAUC